CUGGCUGCGGCUCGGGCUCCGGUUGUCUCCGCACCCCCUUCCACGUCAGCCAAGGAGUCGGGAUCGGUCGCCGCUCCAGCUGGUAGGAGCCGCGGUAGACUGGUCUUGGGGUUUCCCCAGCCGCUGCCCGCGAAGCCAGAUUUUCGGUCGUCUGUCAUCCUAAAUCCUGUAUCAGGGGAUCGAUUAUAACCAGAAACCAUGACGGCUGCUGAGAACGUGUGCUAUACAUUAAUUAACGUGCCAAUGGAUUCAGAACCACCUUCGGAAAUUAGCUUAAAAAAUGACCUAGAAAAAGGAGAUGUGAAAUCAAAGACUGAAGCUUUAAAGAAAGUAAUCAUUAUGAUCCUGAACGGUGAGAAGCUUCCAGGACUCCUGAUGACCAUCAUUCGUUUUGUGCUACCUCUUCAGGAUCAUACCAUCAAAAAACUGCUCCUGGUAUUUUGGGAAAUUGUUCCUAAAACAACUCCAGAUGGGAGACUUUUACAUGAAAUGAUUCUUGUGUGUGAUGCGUACAGAAAGGAUCUUCAGCAUCCUAAUGAAUUUAUUCGAGGAUCUACUCUUCGUUUUCUUUGCAAAUUGAAAGAAGCAGAAUUGCUAGAACCUUUAAUGCCAGCUAUCCGUGCUUGCUUGGAGCAUCGCCACAGCUAUGUUAGAAGGAAUGCUGUUCUAGCCAUCUAUACUAUCUAUAGAAAUUUUGAACAUCUUAUCCCUGAUGCUCCUGAGCUAAUACAUGAUUUUCUGGUGAAUGAGAAGGAUGCAAGUUGCAAAAGGAAUGCAUUUAUGAUGCUAAUUCAUGCAGAUCAGGAUCGUGCUUUGGAUUACCUGAGUACUUGUAUUGAUCAAGUUCAAACUUUUGGAGACAUUCUGCAAUUGGUUAUUGUGGAACUAAUUUAUAAGGUCUGCCAUGCUAAUCCUUCAGAAAGGGCUCGUUUCAUUCGUUGCAUCUAUAACUUACUACAGUCAUCUAGCCCAGCUGUAAAGUACGAGGCUGCUGGGACAUUAGUAACACUGUCAAGUGCACCAACUGCAAUCAAGGCUGCUGCUCAGUGUUAUAUUGAUUUAAUCAUAAAAGAAAGUGACAAUAAUGUAAAGCUCAUAGUUCUGGAUCGAUUGGUAGAAUUGAAAGAGCACCCUGCUCAUGAACGAGUCCUCCAGGAUCUGGUAAUGGACAUCCUAAGAGUACUGAGCACACCAGACUUAGAAGUACGCAAGAAAACUCUGCAGUUAGCUCUGGAUCUUGUCUCUUCUAGGAAUGUUGAAGAGCUAGUUAUUGUCUUGAAGAAGGAAGUGAUUAAAACGAAUAAUGUUUCUGAGCAUGAAGACACUGACAAAUACAGACAACUUCUUGUACGAACAUUGCAUUCCUGUUCUGUUCGGUUUCCAGAUAUGGCUGGAAAUGUUAUUCCUGUGCUAAUGGAAUUUCUCAGCGACAGUAAUGAAGCAGCAGCUGCUGACGUCCUGGAGUUUGUUCGUGAAGCCAUUCAGCGCUUUGAUAACCUGAGAAUGCUGAUUGUUGAGAAGAUGCUUGAAGUCUUUCAUGCUAUUAAAUCUGUCAAGAUCUAUCGAGGAGCAUUAUGGAUCCUGGGAGAAUACUGUAGUACCAAGGAAGACAUUCAGAGUGUGAUGACUGAGGUCCGCAGGUCUCUUGGUGAGAUCCCAAUUGUUGAGUCAGAAAUAAAGAAAGAAGCUGGUGAAAUAAAACCUGAAGAGGAAAUAACUGUGGGGCCAGUUCAGAAAUUGGUUACUGAAAUGGGUACCUAUGCAACUCAGAGUGCCCUCAGCAGUUCUAGACCCACCAAGAAAGAGGAAGACAGACCUCCCCUAAGAGGAUUUCUGCUGGAUGGGGAUUUUUUUGUUGCUGCCUCUCUUGCCACAACUCUCACCAAGAUUGCAUUGCGCUAUGUAGCUUUGGUUCAGGAGAAAAAGAAGCAAAAUGUCACCCAGUUGACAGGUUUCUCAGAUCCUGUAUAUGCAGAAGCUUAUGUUCAUGUCAACCAGUAUGACAUUGUCCUGGAUGUGCUUGUCGUGAACCAAACCAGUGAUACUCUGCAGAACUGCACAUUGGAGUUAGCUACUCUAGGAGAUCUGAAACUUGUGGAAAAGCCUUCUCCUUUGACUCUUGCACCUCAUGAUUUUGCAAAUAUUAAAGCUAAUGUCAAAGUAGCAUCAACAGAAAAUGGAAUAAUUUUUGGUAAUAUAGUUUAUGAUGUUUCUGGAGCAGCAAGUGACAGAAAUUGUGUGGUCCUCAGUGAUAUCCACAUUGACAUCAUGGACUAUAUCCAGCCUGCAACCUGCACUGAUGCUGAAUUCCGUCAGAUGUGGGCUGAAUUUGAAUGGGAAAACAAAGUGACAGUUAACACCAAUAUGGUUGAUUUAAAUGACUACUUACAGCACAUAUUAAAGUCAACCAACAUGAAGUGCCUCACUCCAGAGAAGGUAAAAUUUGACAGGGAAAUUCUUAAAUCUAAGAAAAGUACAGAAGAAUUCUGGCUUUAUUUUUUCUAG